AAUGGGUCGCCUAGGCGAAGCAAAAGCUGUGGACUUGGAAGCGGAAACGUCGACUGUGGGCCUUUAUGAUGUGUGCACCGUUGGGCGAAUCCUUCCCCUGUUAAAUGAGAUGUCAAUCGAUAAGAAAUCUCCGGCAUGGAAGCUCAAACCGAAAAGUAACGAGCGAUUUCUUGUUCUUGCGUCGUGCUCCGAUCUGGCAGUCUUCAGUCUUGGCGAGAAAAGCGACUACUCGUUCAACACCGGACUUGGAGGAGCCAUCACUGAUUUCGAAAUCCUUGGAAGUUCUUCCUUCUUUGUUGGAGUCAUUGAACAUCGUCGUAUUGUAAUUCUCUCGCUGGAUAAACAAGAAAUUUACUUGAACGAGCCAGCUCCUCAUGAAAUUGACUUCGUUGUCUGUCACACUACUUCCAGUGUUUGCCAAUUGAUUUUCGGGAGCCGAUCUGAUAAUUGGCAUACUAUCACAUUGCCAGGAGACGUGGCUGCAUCUAAGGAGACUAACCGUUUCGAAAAUUGGCACAGAGAUCAGAUUCAGGAAUUUUUCCACCAGGCAAUGGGAAAAACGGUUUCAAAGUCUGUUGACAUGUCGAAGGUCGCAGGUGACAUUACUCUGAUCUCCAAUGGGCCACUUCAGACGUUCGCUUCAAUUGAUCAGCAAAGAGGGAUUCACUGGUGUGGUCUCGUCGAAUCGGAGUUUGAGGUGAUUGGCAUGGAAAAACAAUUCUUGCAAGUCCGUGAUGGAGGUAGAUUCUCUCUUCACCUCGACACGGAUGGAUGGAUUCAUGUCUUUGAUUCAUUGGUAUCAUCCUUCUGCCACGAAUUUGACAUGAAGAUGUCUCCAGACGACAAAAUUCUUGAUUUUGUGAUCAUUGACAAGAAUGAAGUUGAAGUUCCGAAGAUGUUCGCAAUUUUGGUUCUGCCACGUGACGGAGAUAGCACAAAGAUGAUGAUAUACGAUCGAUUGAAUAAAGACAAUUGUUUCGCUUUGGAUUCAUCCACGUCUACAACUCUUUUUGCUUAUGGAGGAAGUGAUCGUGUCUUGAUAGCCGUUGAAGAAUUGGAAAAUUCUCUGGCAGACGAACAGGACGGCAGUCAAAUUGUUGUCAGACAAGUCUCACAGUCUCGCCCUGAAAUGCGUUUCGAAUCUCUUCUGAAGAAUAACAGAUUUGAAGAAGCUGAGAAGUUCGCCAUGGCAUUCAUGCUGGAUGUACAAAAGGUUUACAAAGGACACGUACAUUAUCUGAUGGACUCUUGUGAUGAAAGCGAUGAAUCUUUUGAGACUCUGAUGACGAAGAUGGGACAAAUUCAAGAUCAUAAUAUGGUUGCUGAAACAUACUUCACUCUUGUUGGAAUGAGUCGGCGCUGUGAUCGUAUCCGCACCUACUUGACUCAUGCAAAGAAGCGCAGAAUAACGGAUCUGGAUAUUCUGAAAAUGAUUGAGGCACUUUGCUACACGUGGGGAACUUAUCGAAUCAUUGCUGGUCCAGAAGAAAACGAACCAAGUCGUCCACAAGUUAAUGAAACGAUUUGGGAUUUGUUCGUCGAAGCUUUGCAUGAUGCGAACCCGUGGAUCGAAAUCUAUAAUGAAUUCAUUUCUGACGCCCAGUUCACUCAAGCCCGUGUUAUCUUCAGUCGCCAUGGGAAAUCUAUAACUGAUUAUAUGUGUGAUGAUGAGGAGAACACCAUUUCUCGUCUUGAAACACUUUUCCGAAUGUUCAUCGAUGCGAUUUCUUCUGAUAUCAGCAAAUGGAGCAAUGUGAUCGAACACGUAACGACAGACAUUUUACCAGCAUGUGUCAUGAUUACAGAAGAGCUAAUUCCAUGCCUCGAAUCACUCAUCACUUCUCUUAUUUCACUUCUUGAAUAUCGAGAUUCUACAAAUUGGCCUGAGAAUGCAAUCAAAGCAGCAAGCAGUUACGAUACCAUGACCAAAAUAUUGUCGAACAAUGGAAAUACUCCAGCUACACAAUGUAUUCUGGUAAUGUAUGGAAGCAAGUUGGGAUCUUCUGCCGGUAACAAGCCUUCGUCAAUGUCACGGAUCAAGAAGAUAUACUAUGAUUUGAUUGAAUUGAAACGCCUGAAAGAUGUUUACGAGUGUUCAAUCAGUUUCUCAGUAUUCCAAAAUAUGUCAUCUGAACAAAUUUGCCACAAGAUUCUUCAAAAUGCGUUGGCCAACCCAAACAUGACACAUGCCAAAAUUGAGAAAUUCGUGAAGCCGUUCAUGGCUGAACGUCAUCUUGAUCAGGAACAAACAAUCGUCAAUUAUAUCCAGAUGAUGUCAGGAGCUGCAGUGACAAAUGCAAAUCUUUUUGGAUGGGAGAAACAAUGUGUGCAGUUAUGUGCAAGUCUCAUGGAUGAAACUCGACGUUGUUGCUCCAUCAUCUCGAUCGCUUCAACUGCUAAGAUUCCAUGGCCAGCUGAACUGAAUGAAGCUGUGGAGAAGAUCCUUGCAAGUCGUACACUCCUGAGAUCAGAAAUUGAACAAAUGCAUUUGGUUUGUAAACGUACCGAACUCUACAAGAUGUUAUCGUCGUAUGGCUUCAGUCGACAGGACAUCGAACUGCUGACUACUCCUGACUCAAAUAUGGACAUUAUCUUGACAAUUCGCUGCAUGCUUGCUCAUCGUGAAAAGGCUUCUCGAUUUGUGGAUGUGAUCAAGUUGGUGGAUUUGCUCAAAGCAAUGCAAGGAAGCUCUCAACCUCGUACAUUGAGAAUUGAAUAUGUGCAAUCAUUUGCAAUUAUUCAUAUGAUGUCUCAUCAAGAUGUAACCAUUUCAAUUAUCAAUUACAUUGAUAGUCUUGGCGAUCGUGAACGAGUAAAGACAAUAUCUCUUGUAUUUUCAUUCAUCGAAUGCGUUGCCAAUGCACCAGCAACUGGAGACAACGUCUUGGAACGCGAAAAGAUCCUCGGGGUUGGUGAAGAGCUGAUGUCUCACUAUACAUGUCGUGAUAAUAAUUUCAAUGAUCCUGAAAGACGUUUAAAGGAUGAGCUUGUCCUUCUUCGCGAAGUCCAGAAAACUGAGACUAAAGCAGUUCUUUUGUCUGAAUUGAAAGAUGAAGAUUGGCAGCGACGGUUCUUGGAAAGAUUGAUCGAAUCAAAUUCGUCGAUGAGCUUGAAUCUUGGAAGAUGUAGCUACAUGGGAAUUUCACCGGAACAUCUCAUUGAAAUGAUUUUAACGAAAGCUACGGUAGAAAACGACAUGGACACAAUUGUUGAUAGUAUCACGAAUUAUGUCGAGUUCAUAAAUUCAUUGACGGAUUCUUCUCGGGAAAUGCUUGAACCUAUCGUGCAAAUUCUGAGCUGGAUUACAUUCAGACUUCCGAAGUUACUACCAAAUGAGACUGAGAUGGCACGUGCUGACUAUAUUGCUUUCGUUGUCAAACGUAUCGGCCGUGUUGUUCGGGAGACACUCAGACGCUUCUCUUUUGAUGUUAUUAGCGACGAUCUUGAUUAUCUUCUACAAUUGGAAGCAUUUUAUCACUUGGGAGAGCACAUUAUCAAGCAGUCACUACGAGGCCAAGAGAAUGAAAAUGAAAAGCAAGAAAUGUUCAGAUCAGACGAUGAUACAUUCUUACCAACUGAUUCUUCGAAUCCAUUUUCCAAUCAGUCAUCUCUCCGCAUUUUUGAGUUCAAACGCCCACUGGGAACAUUUGAUUUCUCCAACGAUCCAGCUUUAUUUGAAGGAGUUCAAGGAGUUCUUGCUCUUGCGAUGGUUGCACCUUCUGUUGCCAGGCCAUAUGAUUCUGAGAUCUCACCAGAUGAUGCGAAUGAAUUCAGAUCAAGUUGGGAGCAACUAAACAUGUUCCUUGCAAUGCAUUCACAAGAUCUUCUGGAUAUUUCAGCUCGUGUGUUUGCCGGAUCUCUCAAAUGUUGGGCUGGUGAAUAUCUACAAGGAAUCGUUGAAAUGGAGCAACCCAUUCUGUCAGUCGUCGAAAGAAUGCUGCAACAGAAAAAAUUCGAUUUCUGGCAUGCAGUUACUCUUCUUGGUGGAAUCCCGUUGGAACGAUUAGACAGAGCUAUAAUCGAUCUCCAGAAACGACAAGGUGUGAGAAGUUCGACGAAAGCGACAAUCCAGUAUCUUCAAUUAGCUUUUGUGAUGAGUUUGUUGGCUAGAAAUAUGGAAAAAGUUCCCACAAUCGUUUCUGCUUAUGAACAAAAGUAUUUGGUGAAGAAGCUUGCUGAAGAAGGCAUUCGUGUCUCAAUUACUCAAGACUUUGUCGAUAAAGUUCUACAACAGGCGAUAGAUCUGCGACAGCCACUCUCUCCAUUGCGUCUUCAUGAUUAUGUCAAGAAGUAUGUCGAAAAGUUGAUUCGGAACUCGAAGAUUUCAGUUGGAGAAUACAUGGUUCGAUAUGCGACUCUUCUCAUUCGAAAAGCGUCUGUUGCUGGACGACACACUGAUCGGGAAAUUCGCAAAGAAGAAAUAGAGAAGUACAUCGAAGCAGCUAGAAUCGCGUUGAGAAUUGCCGAGGAAGAAGAUGCUUCUUGCAUUUGUAAUUAUCUCCAUUGUUUGCUUUACGUUGUGUGUCCAUAUAACUACGAAGUCAUCCAAUUUAUUGUAACUUCGUAUGGAAAGUAUGCCACUGAAACAGUCGAGAUUGAAUUUAAUAAAAACUUGAAAUCGAUAAUGGCAUUCUUAUGGGCUUAUCAACGUACAAAUCAUAUCAGUAAUGAGGAAUCAAUUUGGUUUACGAAGCGAGAGAGUGUUCUAAUGAAAGAUGAGAAAGAGUUUGAGAAAACUGGAAGAAUGCUCGAUCCAUUUGGACAUUCACUUCGUGUUGUCUAUGAAGAUGACGGAAGCAAUAUGUCAGAUUCGUAUAAUUCGGAUUUGGCACUUUCAAGUGAUGCCAUGGUUUAUGAGAGGAACAGUGUGAUUAUCAGUGAUCUGCCAAGCCUUGCGGAGCAAUAUCUUCCAUUCCAUGCAUUCCUUCUUCGCAAAAAAGAGGAAAUUGACGAAAUUGUGAUGGGAAUUGUGAAAGCAGAAUUAUCGAUCUUCAAUGUUCCAAUCUGGCAAACAUUCCUCCGUGAAGUUUCUUGGCUAUCCUCACGGUUUUCGCGUUCGCAACUUUUGUCAUCUGCAAUUUUUGCUCACGCCAACAAAUAUGCAAAGUUUGGAAAGAGUCUACCAGAUGGAGAACGAAACGUGAUUUAUGAACUUCUUAAUUCUGCGUCUCAACGUCAUGUUGUGGUUUCGACGAUCGCUCUUCUAUUCAAAAGAAUCAUUCUCAGUGAUGUUAAAAUUGAACUUCUUCAAAUGGGAGUCAAUAUUUCGGAGAGAUGGACUUCUGAUUUAACUGGUGAAGAACAACAGGAAAUGGAAGAACAAAGUGCUCGAUUGAAAGACGGAAUCGCAAAGUUUUCUACCGAACUUGAACUGAAAAAGAAUGGACUGUACAAUGAAAAAACUGCGGAUAACAUUGAAAAUGUAUCUGAACUAUGUUCAUUAAUUUACAAUGAAAUGGUCCAGUGGGAUGAUUCUAGAGAUGUUCUCAAAAAGUGUCAAGUGGUGGAUAAAAUUGCAAAGGCUAAUGGACUCGAUUUGACUGCUUUGCAUGAACAGCUUGUCUUCUCGUGGGUUGAGGAUACGCAGACUAUCAUUUCAAUUAAUCAUGUUGAUAUGAACGAGUCAAUUGGUGGAACUUCUUUCUUGGAUCACAAAGAUGAAACAGACGAUCAAAAUGAUUUGAGAAUUCCAUUAUUUGACGGGAUUCUCGACAAAGUUGUUGUUCUCUGCCAAAGAAUUGAUAAAAAGCGUCUUCUGACAAGACUCGGAAGUAUUCUGAUGAGAGGAGGUCGCAAAGCGACGGGCGGUUAUACUGCUGUAGUUCGUGCUACAUGUAUAAUUCUGCGUUCUUUUACUGAUACUGAAGUCUCUGAAUUGCUGUCUGGAGCUGACAUGUUUGCAUUAUGCAGUACACUUGAAAAUCAACUCUACGAACGAUUGUUUGAGAAGGCUGAAGUUAAGGGAGAUUGUAAAACAGACAAAAUGCAAUUAAUCAAGUCUCUUCUUCAAUGUCCAUCACGAACACACCCAAUGACUGCACUUAUUGCAUGUCUAAUCAUUGAUCAUGAGUUCAAGGAUCCGAAACGUGACAUUUCACUUGGAUGGGAUGUAGGAUGCGUUCCUGUUAGCGCAAACUCUUCCAACUCUUAA